UUGGCUGCCACGUAGUUGUCUUUCCUGCCAUACAUCUAUUUUAGGUACUGUAUUUUAUGGAAAGGUUCAAAUUAACUUCUUAUGAACUUAGAGAGCAAGUGACCUACUGUUUAUCAAAAUGAUUCUUUUAUCUAUUUGUUCGAUAUUGCCUUCACUGUUUGCGUUUGUGACUGGGGGGAAACUGCCCGAGCCAGAGGUGAAAAUUGAAAUUAUAUAUAAACCUCUCAUGUGUUACCGUAAGUCCAAAUACGGAGACAUGCUUCUUGUGCAUUACGACGGAUUCUUGGAGAGUAAUGGCGCCAUCUUUCAUUCCAGCCGCAAAGAUGGGGAUAAAAAUCCAGUAUGGUUCACUCUUGGGAUCAAGGAGGUGCUCAAGGGUUGGGAUAAGGGUCUGCAGAACAUGUGCACAGGAGAGCGCAGGAAACUGACCAUCCCUCCAUCUCUGGCAUAUGGCAAGGAAGGAAAAGGCAAGAUCCCCCCAAGCAGUACCCUCAUUUUUGACAUUGAGCUCAUGGACAUCCAAAAUGGUCCCAGGUCACAUGAGUCCUUCCGAGAGAUGGAUCGCAACGAUGACUGGAAGCUCUCCAGGCAGGAGGUGCGAGAGUACCUGAAGAAAGAAUUCAUGAAACAUGGCUACUCACCAAAUGACACACAUCAUGAAGUGAUGGUAGAUGACAUCUUCAAGAAUGAAGAUGAAGAUGAAGAUGGUUUUAUAUCUGCAAGGGAAUUCAUCUACCAACACGACGAGCUUUAAACUACUGAUUCCAUCUACUUUAAACUGGCAGUGAUUAUUUCAUGAAUUUCUUCCAAAACAGUGACAUGAAUUGAAUAAUUGUGAAUUAGUUACUGGG